AUGCAUCUGAUUUCAAUGGGCCUUGUUCAUAUAAUUACCAGUGAAAAUGCGGCUACAAGUCAAGAUCGGGCUAAAGCUAUUAUUUUCAUCCGUCAUCAUUUGGACAUUCCUCUAGAGUCUGAAUAUUUGACAGUGAAAGAUUCACUUGAUUUGUGGAAAGAAUUGAAGGAGAGAUUUGGACACUUGAAAUAUAUCACUCUCCCCAAAGCCCGACAUGGUUGGCUUAACUUGCGAUUGCAGGAUUUGAAAACUGUUACAAAGUACAACUCUGCUAUCCAUCAGAUUACAUCUCAGUUGAAACUCUGCGGAGAAAUUGUUACUGAGAAUAAUAAAUUGGAGAAGACUCUUUCUACCUUUCAUGCUUCUAAUAUUGUGCUGCAACAGCAGUAUCUCUGGCCCACUGGUUCAAGUCCGUUCCUUAAAGCGAAUGUGACAUUUUCUGAACGAGGCCGAGGACGUGGUAGAGGCCGUGGACGUAGUCGCGGUCGUGAGAGUCAACGUGGUCGAUAUACCCCUUACAAUCACCGCGGCCAAUGGGCCAAUACUUGCAGAACAACCAAACACUUAGCUAAUCUUUAUCAAGACUCACUGCAGAAAAAUGAGAAGGAGGUCGAGACUAAUCACGUUGAUAAUGAUGACGACCCCGAUGAUGAUCUUUUGGAUUACGACAUAACGCAUCUUGAUAUAGCGAAUUUUGUUGUAGAUUCAGCAAAUUCCCAGUGA